GCUCCUGCCAUGACUACAAUUUGUGGUCCAGGUUUGCUUUGUCAUCACACUCCAGCUCUCACUGUUAGCGUUCGUUGUUUUGUUAUUACCAGUACUGUUGUCUUCUUAUUUCUUGCAUCCCACUCUCAGAUUGGAUCUGUUUCCCUCACACACCCGCAGAUUUGCAUCUUCACCCCUUCACACACUAACGGAUUGUUUUGCCAACUACCCAUGACCAAUGUUUCCCACUAGUGCGUACGUUGCACAGCUGCCAAUCGUGGCUUAAGUCUGGCAAAAACAAACAGGUGUAACCAGGUGUAAAUGUGAUUUUUUGGAGAGGGGAAAAUGGGAUUCAUUGGUGGAGCAUUACUGAUGUUUCAUCAGACCUGUCAGUACACUGAAGCUCUCUGACACACCUGCAUUUCACUAAGGACAGACGAGCUGCAGAUCUUCUGACCCUGUGCUUACUUUGACAGAGUUUGAAUCUAGCUUAGGACACAACUACACAUUAACUCUCGGAAAAUUCCAGUUCUAAGAAAGACUAUCAGUCUAAUUGACAAGAUUCGGUGAUGGGUAUCAGUGCCUUCCUUCUACUGAGCAGCAUUGGCCUUGCCAUUCCAAUCCAAGCCCAAGACUGUUCCAGACCUCUUGGAAAUCCAAACACGAGAUUGAGUGACGCAAACAUUCUUUUACAAACCUUCCCUGAUGGGACACAAGUUUCCUUUGUGUGUGAAGUUGGUUACUUACGUGCAGGAGGAUCCCCACAAAUUACCUGUACUGCUGGAGUGUGGAGUACCCUGAUGCUCAAAUGCGAGAGGAAGAACUGUGGCGCUCUUGGAGAAGUGUCAAAUGGAGAUGUUGAUUACCCUGAAGGGACUCUGUUUGGAGAUAAAGCCGUGAUCUCUUGUAAUGAUGGUUACAUGUUGGUUGGAAGAAAUGAAAUCACUUGUGGAGAUCGAGGGUGGGACAGCAGGUUGCCUGUAUGUCAAGAGAUGACUUGUGAGUCACCACCUGUGGUUACAGAUGCUACAUUCAGUCCAGACAAAGAAACCUAUGGCAAUCGUGAAAGUGUAAAGUACACUUGUAAAAGUGGUUACACACUCAAUGGGACAGCACAUUUGUUUUGUUCGGAUGGUGGAAUAUUUACACCUGAUCCUCCAACAUGUGUUAGGGUUCAGUGUUAUGAACCCAGUGUUGCUAAUGCUGAAUGGGUAAGGGGAUCUCGACCUCCAUAUGGAUACUUGUCUGCUGUGACGUACCAGUGCAGACCUGGAUACAAGAUGAACGGAGAGUCCACCCUGACAUGUGGAAUAAAUAGUCAGUGGUUACCAGGAAUUCCAACAUGUGAAAGGAAGAACUGUGGCGCUCUUGGAAACGUGUCAAAUGGAGAUGUUGAUUACCCUCAAGGGACUCUGUUUGGAGAUAAAGCUGUGAUCUCUUGUAACGAUGGUUUCAAGUUGGUUGGAAAAAAAGAAAUCACUUGUGGAGAUCUAGGGUGGGACAGCAUGUUGCCUGUAUGUCAAGAGGUGACUUGUGAUUCACCACCUGUGGUUACAGAUGCUACAUUCAGUCCAAACAAAGAAACCUAUGGCAAUCGUGAAAGUGUAAAGUACACUUGUAAAAAUGGUUACACACUCAAUGGGACACCACAAUUGUUUUGUUCAAAUGAUGGAAUAUUCACACCUGAUCCUCCAACAUGUGUUAGGAAGAACUGUGGCUCUCUUGGAAACGUGUCAAAUGGAGAUGUUGAUUACCCUGAAGGGACUCUGUUUGGAGAUAAAGCCGUGAUCUCUUGUAACGAUGGUUUCAUGUUGGUUGGAAAAAAAGAAAUCACUUGUGGAGAUAAAGGGUGGGACAGCAACUUGCCUACAUGUGAAGUGGUGACUUGUAAGUCACCACCUGUGGUUACAGAUGCUACAUUCAGUCCAAACAAAGAAACCUAUGGCUAUCGUGAAAGUGUAAAGUACACUUGUAAAAGUGGUUACACACUCAAUGGGACAGCACAUUUGUUUUGUUUGGAUGGUAGAUUCACACCUGAUCCUCCAACAUGUGUUAGGGUUCAGUGUUUUGAACCCAAUGUUGCUAAUGCUGACUGGGCAGGUGGAUCUCGACCUCCAUAUGGACACUUGUCUACUGUGACGUACCAGUGCAAUCCUGGAUACAAGAUGAAUGGAGAAUCCACCCUGACAUGUGGAAUGAACAGUCAAUGGUUACCAAGAAUUCCAACAUGUGAAAGGGUUCAGUGUUACGAACCCAGUGUUGCUAAUGCUGAAUGGGCGGGUGGAUCUCGAGCUCCAUAUGGACACUUGUCUACUGUGACGUACCAGUGCAAACCUGGAUACAAGAUGAACGGAGAACCCACCCUGACAUGUGGAAUAAAUAGUCAGUGGUUACCAAGUAUUCCAACAUGUGAAAAAGUCCUUACCACCACUACUGCCUCCACUACUACAACCACUUCUAACACUCCUCACAGCUCAAAGAAACCAACAGCCAGCACCCCUGCUGCCACUACCACUGCUAACACUCCUGUUACUCCAAAGACACCAACUAACACUCCUGUUACUCCAAAGACACCAACUAACACUCCUGUUACUCCAAAGACACCAACUAACACUCCUGUUACUCCAAAGACACCAACUAACACUCCUGUUACUCCAAAGACACCAACAGGUCCUGUGACCCCAACUCCUCCCACGGGCCGUGGAAUUACCCACAUUGUGGUGCCCAUUGUUGUUGUUUUAGUAAUCUUAGGUGUUAUUAUCGCCACCUUCAUCGUCAUGAAGAAGAAGAGAAAAGGCUCUCGGAGAGGCAAAACUGACAAAAAGUCUACAAAUGCCGAGGAGGAUGUAGCACUCUCGGUAAGGAGACAGAUCCUCAAGCACACUCACUUAUGUCAAAUGAAGAGAGACAGACGCUUCUAUCAGUUGUUGCUGUUAAUGUUCACGCUUGCCUGUUCUUACCCCCUGUUCUUAUUUUCAGCUUCCAAAGAAGGACUGUUGGCUGCCUUAAAUUAAUUAUUUCCCCCUUGUACAUGUUGUUGUGGUUUAGGUGUGUUUACACUUUGCCUUAAAAAAUUAAUUUGCUCUCAUUGCCUCUUUUUAUAGUAAGCGUCACUCUCCUGUUCAUCCAACAUUACUGAGUGUGAAACCGUCGCCUGGAGAAGACAAGUCCCCUGGGAUCAGUGUUUGAAUGUAGAUGCUUUCCCUUUGCAUUUAGCCGCCGGGAACCUAUCAGAGUGUUUCUGAAUGCCGCCCUGACGCUUGGAAACAUCAGAAGGCUGGAUUCAUAUCCUUACUGCGUUUUGAGCGGCUUGUCUUAAAAGUUUUUUUGUUUUUUGUUUUUUUCAUUUUUCCAUUUUGAACAUUACAAAGGAGCUGGAAUUCAUCUGAAAAGCUUAAACUCCACAUUGAUUUUCAAGUUUGAGACUGUAGCUCAGUGUUGUCCUUAUCAUUCACUCAAACAGCAAAAUUAGUAUAGUAGUUCAGUUAUUUGGAUUUGGAAGAUUAAGCCGUUUAGGGUCAUUCUUCACCCUGACCCAGGAAAAGAAGGAUCAGCUGUUGUCAUUGUAUUUAUUAUGUGUUGUAUAGUUUGGUUUUGACUACUGUGACUGAGUGCACUCUCGGUGGUUAGUCGCUCAAACAUCUGCACUGCUACACUUGAAUUGGAAGAAAACCAGAUGAGCUGAUUGAAGUCAUUUAGUCCGGUGUCCGGAGAUGUUAGAAUCACCUUCCUGGGGGUUUGUGCAUUGAAAAUUCUUGAUGCCCCAGAGAUAUUUUGUAUAGAGAAGAAAUGCUCGUUGCCAACAAACCACCCGGUACCCAGUUGUAGUUCUUGACCAUAUUUCACGUGCCUUUAAGCAAGAAGCCAAAUAUUUUGGCUUGUUGUUAAUGUAUGUGUGUGUUUGUCUUAAAAAGAACAUUAAAUAGGAAGCUUACAUUAGCUGAAGGUUUAUGCUAAACCAGUGCAUAUGAAUGUGUCUGCCUUCUACUAAUUUCAGUAACAAAUCUAAACUUUAAUCUGUUGACCCCCCCCCCCACACACACACACACACACACACACUCCAAAUCAUUUAUUAAUAUUUUGUAGAUAUCUUCCCUGAGUUUUGAUUAAUAUAUUUUUUUUUUAAUUUGAUGUCCACUCACUGGCCAGAUGGAAUUAUUUGAGAUUUAGUAAAUGGUUACGUAAAGAUGUAUAGAUUGUGAUCAUUGAAAAUCAUGCACUCGCUUGGCUUUGUUUAUUUAUUAAAACAACAAUGGACCAAA